AAAGAAAAUCCUUCGCAAUCGACCCAACGGUACCUCCUCCACGUCGCCGGAGAUCGGUAAACCGUCUCUUUUCGUAGUCUCCGUCUCGAAUUGAGAAAUCGUAAGAUAAUGGCGACGUUUGAGCUGUACAGGAGAUCGACGAUCGGGAUGUGUUUGACGGAGACUUUGGACGAGAUGGUUCAGAGUGGUACGCUUAGCCCUGAGCUAGCUAUCCAAGUUCUUGUUCAGUUUGACAAGUCCAUGACUGAAGCUCUUGAGAGCCAAGUGAAAACCAAAGUUACUAUCAAGGGGCACCUGCACACUUACAGGUUCUGUGACAACGUCUGGACCUUCAUAUUACAGGACGCAAUGUUCAAGAGUGAAGACCGUCAAGAGAAUGUGAGUCAGGUGAAGAUUGUGGCAUGCGACUCUAAGCUCCUCACGCAGUGACAUGUUAAUUCCUGGCAGAGAAUAUAUACUACUCACACCCUUUGUAAUAGAUUUUGAGUUUCUUACCACUUUGUGAACUCACCACUUGCUAUAUGUUGAGCUCCGUUUGCAGCCAUCAGUUUAGCCUAUAUGUAAAUUCUCGGCCCUAAGACAAAUGAGACACUAUUUCGAUGAGUAUGUUGUUACCACUCAUCUUGAGAUUACCUUUGAUUUUAUUAAUUCUGAAUUCG